AUGCUCCGUCGACUCACUCUCAUCCUCUUGUCCACCUAUCUGGCUCUUCCCGUGCUGGCCAGUCUCAAAGAUCUAUCUCACUGCGAUCCUCUCAAGAAAGACGCCCACUGUCCCCCUGAUCCUGCAUUCGCCAGCAAAAUCACCUUCGACUUCACCAAAUCCACAUGGGGUGACCAAUUCACAUCCUUCUGGGCCGUCGACUCUUCCACUUCUCAAGAUAAACGCCAACUAAUUUUAAACAACACCGAUGGCAAAGGCGCCGCUUUUUCCAUCUGGCAAGAUGGCCAGGCUCCCACUCUAACCAGCAAUAAAUAUCUCCUCUUUGGUAAAGUCAGAGUCGAAGUCCAGGCCGCCAAAGGCCCCGGCCUCAUCACCGCCAUCGUCCUCAAGUCCGACUCUGGGGACGAAAUCGACUGGGAACUCCUCGGCGCCUUUGAAAACCAAGCACAGACAAAUUACUUCUUCGACGGCCAGCCCCUAUUCAACACCUACAACACAACAUACCGCCUCGACAGCUCCACCUUUGCCUCCUACCACACCUACGGCAUCGACUGGACCCCGACAUAUAUAAACUUCUCCAUCGACAACGUCGUCCGCAAGACCUGGCGCAUCAACGACGGCGCAAUCCCCGCGUACAAAUGGCCUCAGACGCCGAUGCAGGUCAAGCUCGGCAUCUGGUCCGUCAGCAGCAACGGCAGUGAUCCGGGCACCGUCGUCUGGGCGGGCGGUUUGCCCGACUGGAGCGGCCGCGACGCGGAUCAGAACCCCUAUAGGGCGUAUUUCAAGACGCUCGAGCUGGAGGACUACGCCGGCGGCUGCAACGAAACCCAAAGGGGUGCCGAUAUCGAGUACCUGUACAAUGAGCGCACAAACGGCUGGCAGAACAUCCAAGUCAAGGGCUGUAUCAAGAGAACAACCCCCGGCGUCUAUCCCCCUCCUCUGCCCUCUUCGUCAAUCGGCUCUCAACCUUCGCAAACCAGCGGAGGCGGAAGCUCACAUCCUUCACCUUCUUCUACUGCCGCGAAUUCCUCUGGCGGGCCGUCUCAAACAGGCGAGCAAAACCCAGUCCAGUCUGAAGACAGCGGAGAUGAGAGUGACAGUGCUGCGCUGCUGAGCGGACGACCAUCUUCGCCACUCGGUGCUGUUAUUUUCUUACUUUGGCUUCUUGCCAUUUGA